AUGGUUAUCGAGAAAGAUAUUAUACGCCAUAUAUUUCUAAAGCCAGAUGGCUCUGGUUUAAAUGAAGAGUUAACCGCAGAACAAUUGCAACAACUUCAUAUAUCAUUACGCCAUGAGAAAUUAAGUAUACCACAAGUUGAGGCAUCCAUCGAAUAUGUCUGUUCUGGAACUACAUGCCAUCCUGAUGAAUUGUUUGAUGUACUCCAUGAAAUGGAUCGUCGAUUUUUUUUAGCUCGAGAUUUGCGUUGGGAAUUUUCUUUGAUGGAUACGGAGAGAAGAGGGACUAUUUCAGUCAUGGAGGGGCGCUUUUUAUGCCAAGGUACACAUAAAGAAUUAUUUUCCCCAAGACGAUGGAACCGAUUAAUCAACAGAAGGCCAUUACCUACCGCUGCUGUCAGUUUCGAAGAAAUCGAAGUCGAGUUAUGCAAUAUACCAACGCCAGAAAUGGUACUGAUGGACAAAUUAGAGGAAGAGAGAGAAUUACUAGAACGUGCUCGCCAGCAGGAGGCAAGAGGGAAAUCGGCCAUCAGAAAGCGUACCAAAUCAGUUAUUCCAGCUGAUGGCAGUAGUAGAAAUGUAUGUCAAAGGUUGCGUCGUACUAUUGGAAGUAGUUUUGGAGAGGCAUUGGAGGAAGAUCGAUAUAAAGUCGAUGCUGUCGAUGCUUCUACUGUUUCUACUGCUGCUGCUGCUGCUGCCGUUAGUAUCCAAUCCGGUAGUCAAUUAAAGAAGCCAAAAAUUCAAGUUACUCCAUCGGAAAUUAUUCGUAAAGCCGACGCUGAAGCACGCUCGGUUAAAAUGCAAUCCAAUGAUGAAGUCGAUACCAUUAGGCGUAAAGCCAAAUUAGCUGCCAAAAGUGUUCUUUCCAAGUGUGAUCAAGAGAUUGAUAAAUUACAAGAUCGUUAUGAUCGUAGAAUCGCUAUUAUUGAAGGUAGAGCUGAUGAUAGGAUUGCUAGGGUGAUCAGAGUUGCACAACAAGAAGCCAACGAAGCUCGAGCUGCUGGUAAGAUGAAAGAAGCUAAAAAAAUUAUGGAAACAGCUGAAAUUGAAAUUAACAAUUUACGAGCUAAAGUGGAUUUAGAAAUUACUGAGUUAAAGCGUGAACAUAACGACACCAUUGCUGAAAUGAAACGCCAAGCGGAACACGAAGCCAAUCAAAUUACCACCGAAGCAGAAUUGGAUGCCAUUAAAAUCCUAACUACUGCUCAAAGUCAAUAUACCUCUAUCGUUAUGGGAAGUAAAGCGGAAGCGGUACUCUUGCAAACCGAUCCAGACAGCAAGCAAACUGCUUCUAGUAAGCCAUCUUCUAAGGUGGAAAAUAAGAAAGGAGCACAACCAUCCGAACCAGCAGAUACAUUAUUGUCCCGUGCUGAAGGGAAAGCAGCAGCUAUUGAAUUACAAAAAAAUGGCGAGGCUGAGGUAGCCUUAAUUCAAGCUGGUGGUGAAGAAAAUAUUAUACGCAAGAGAGCCAUAAGUCGAUUACGUGAAGAAGAAAUUAAAAAAUCCAGUUGCUCUGAAAGUGUUAACCUGUUAAAGAAGGAAGCCGAUGCUAUUAUGGCUAGAGCGAAAGCUUCCGCUGCUGAAGCUAUAGUUAAUUCUGAACGAGAAUCGGAAAGAUCCAAAGGCUAUGGCGAUGUUACUACAGCGGUAAAAAUGACUGCUAAUGGCACAAUUGAAGAGGCAAGAGUGUUAGCUGAAGGCAAAAGUAGAGCACAACAGUUAAAAACCGAUGCCAAUAUUGCAGCCAUUACCAUUGAAGCCGAAGAAAAAGCGGCGACAGUUUUAAUCAAAGCUGAAGAAGAAGCGCAAAUUAUUUAUAAAAAGGCAAGAGGAGAAGCAGAUUCUAUUCGAUUGAAAGCAGAAGGUAAAGCGGAAUCGAUCAAAAUUAUUGCUGAAGCUCAAGCGGAGAUUGCUGAAAAAAAUGGCGAUCCAGCCAAAGCGGAACAAAUUCGAGCUUCUGCUCGAGCGGAAACAGCUCAAGUAUUAGCACAAGGCAAUGCUGAAGCCGCUAAAUUGUUAGCUAAAGCUAACAUUGAAGCCAAGAAAGUAGAAACCAGGGCUAAACUAGAGCAUGCUAAAUUGCUUUCUGAUGUUCAAAUUAAAUCCAUGAAACUGAAAGAAAAUGCCGAAAUACGAUCGAAAGAACUAAUUCACGAUAGCGAAGUUGCUACUUUAACCAUGAAAUUGGAAGCAGAUGCUAAAGUAGCUGAAAUUAAAAAGGAUUUUGUCUACGCUAGUCGAUGUAAGGCAGAAAGUAAAGCACAAAGUAAAAUUAUGGCGAUUAAUGUUGAAAAAGAGUUGAAAGAAUAUCAAGCUAAAAAUGCCAUCAAAUUAGUAGAAUUAGAAGGUCAAAAUCAACAUGAUCAAGUCAUGAUUAGUGUCGAAGGCGAAGCGAGUAUCAUUAUUGCUGAAGCGAAAGGAGAAGCGGAAGCCAUACGUGAAAUUGCCAAUGCUAAUGCAAAUAUGGUUUUAGCUCAAGCUGAAAAAGAAGCCAACGAUGCUCGAGCUGCUGGCAAUGAAGCGAAAGCUAAAAAGAUACUUGCUGAAGCUAAUUAUCAAGCUGAGAUAUUGAAAGCAGAAGCUGAAAUUCAAGCUGUUCAAAUAUUAAGUGAUGCCAAAAUAAAAGCCAAUCAAUUACGCUCUGAAAAAGAAGCAGAAAUUAUCAAGCAAUGCUACGAAAAUGAAGCACGAGUUAUAGGUGAAAAUUUUACAAGUUUAGAUGCUACUGGUGAGAAAGCAGGUAAAGUAAAAAGCGAUGCAAUUUUAUUGAAAGCAGAAGAGAAAUCGACAUUUGUUGCUGUCAAAGCUGAACGAGAAGCGAAAGCUGCUGAAAAUGAUGGUGAUCUCAUUCGAGCUGCAGAACUUCGAGCAGAAGCUUGCACAAGUACUCAUACCAUUAAAGCAACUGCUCAAGCUGAUGCCACCUUAGCUGAAGCUGAAGAGAAAGCCGAAGCUAUUACAGCUCAAAGUGAAAGCGAUGCUAUGGCUGCUAUUCGAAAAUCAAUCGGUGAAGCAGAAUCAAUCCUUGCUACUACUCGUGCUCAAGCUGAAAAUGUUCGAAUCGAUUAUAAACGAAAAUCCAAUGAAAUAUUACAAAAAGCAAAGAUACAAUCGCAAAAGUUACGCACUGAAGGGAAAGAAAAAGCUGCUGAUGAAUGCUUACGACGAGGUGAAGCAGAAGCAGCUAAAGUUGCAGCUGAAGGUGAAGCAAAAUGUGGAAAAAUUAAUGCUGAAGGUGCUGCUAAAGCCGAUAAAGCUAAAAUUGCUGGUGAGGAAAAAGCUGUUCAAAUUAAAACUGCUGCUAAAGCCAAAGUUACCGAAAUGAUGCUAGAUGCAAAAGCCAAUGCCAACAAAGUUAAAGAAGAAGCCAAAGCGACAGCUGUUCGCGAAUCCAAUACUAUCUUAGCUCGAGGCUAUCGUAAAUCGCGCGAUGAAGUUAAAGCUGUUGCUUUACAAGCUGAAGCAAAUAAGGAAUAUUCUAAACAGAUGGAAAAAGCGCAAUCAACGACAGCAAAAUUACUUGCACAAAAAGAUAUUGAAGUAAAAGCAGUCAAUGUUCAAGGAGAAGCUGAAAUGGAAAGAUUGAAAACUACUGCAGAAGCGGUUAGCGUUAAAUCGCAUGCUAAAGCUGCUGCAAUCACUGCUAUCAUGGACGCAGCAGCCGAUACAGCGGUUAAAAAAAUCAACCAAAAGAAUGACCAAGUUAUCCUACAGUCUGAAAUGAAAGGGAGAGAAGAUGCUGCUCGCUUAUUAAAAGAUGGUAUUACUGAAGCAACAAGGAUGAUUAUUGAUGGUGAAGAGAAAGCUCAACGUUUAAAAACUAAAGUAGCUAUUGAAGCUGUCCGAGCUAGAGUAUCUGCUGAAAGUGAAAUAUUACAAUAUACAGCGGAUAAAGCUGAAGAGAAACGUGAAGGGAUUCAACAAUCGAUUAAACAAUUGACAGCACAAGCUGAACAAGAAAUCAAGAAAGUCCUUACAUCUGGUAAUGAAGUUCGUGCUAAUGCUAUUCGAGAAGAUUUAGCAACAAAAAUUGAAGUGAUGGAACUAGAAGGACAAGUACUGACCAAACAUUUAAGUGAACGUGCUAAAAUGGAAGCGGAACGUAUCAAAAUGGCUGGUAAAAUUAAAGAAAAUAAAAUUUUAAAAUUUGCCGAAGCUGAUAUUACCAUUGCUACUGCAGCAACAUUAGCUGAAGCGAGCAAAGAGAAAGCAAUUAAAGAUGCUGAAUUUGUCAAGAAUAAAUCUUUAGCUGAAGCCAAUUUAGCUAAAAAUAAAGGUGAAAAAGAAGAAGUUAUUGAUGCUAUUAUCAACGACGGUAAACAAGAAGCGGAAAGAAUUACUAAAGAUGCUGAAGUAAUUUCAUUACGAUUAAUGGCAGAAGCACGCGCUAAAGCAACUAAAUUAAGAGCCGAAGCAAGUGCUGAAGCUGAAUUGUUAACCGCUGAACAAAAUGCAGAAGUGUUAAAAAAUCAAAUGUCGGAAGCUGCCGAUGCAGCGAUUGUAACUGGCAAGAAAGAAGCUGCUAGCGUACGCUUAAAAGCGAAAGAAAAUGCACGCGAAUCGGAUUUACGCAAUAAAAAGAAUGCCGCUACUCGUGCAUUAGUUAAUGGUGAAAUAGCUGCUGAAGUUGCCUUAACAAAAUCAGUAACAGAUUCUAUCCAAAAACGAGCUCAUGGUGAAAAUACCGCAGCGGUAACAACGAUGGAAGGUAAAGUGAAAUCGAUUAAAACAAUCACUCAUGGCGAUAUUGAGGCUGUCAAGAUAAAAUAUGAUGGUAAAAUUGCUGAAGCUCAACUUCUUGGCGAUGUUACUAGAGUGGAAGUAUUAAAAUUACAACGUGAUGCUGAAGUGACUAAAAUUACAGCGUUAUCCGCUGCUGAAUUAAGUCGUGUCAAAUCGGAAGAAGAAGCAGCAUCGUUAUUAGCACGACGUGAAGAAGAAGCUAAAGUAGCUAAAUUAAAAGCUGAUCAAUGUCGAAGUGCUGAAAAUGUCUUAUUACUGGAAGAUAAAGCAAAAGCGGAUAUUUCAUCAGCCAAUGAGUUAGCUCAAUCGAUACGUGAUAGUGCUGAUGAAAAAAUUGAUGCUGCAUUAGCUGAUGGUGAUGGCGCUGAAGUUGAAAGAAUUCGUUCACAAGCUGAAGUGAAAGCGAUUAAAGCAGCAACAGAAGGAAUCAUCCAAGCUGUUAAUCAAAAAGGUGAAGCUCGAUUCAAUGCUGCAUCAGAAGAAGCCAAAUUGGUUGCUGAAGCAGCUAAAAUCAAUGCAGAAGGUAAAGCAUAUUCAACAAGAAUAGCUGCUAAAGGUGAAGCUAAAUGUAUACGUGCUAAAGCUGAAGCUGAUGCAAAAUAUGUUAAAGAGAUGUCAAGAGCAAAAGCGAAAGAUUGCAUGCGAAAAGGCCAUGUUAGUGAAGCUGAAGAAGCAUUACAAGCUGGUGAAGCUGAAGCAAAAAGGAUAAUUUCAGAAGCAACGAUUGCCGCUACAAAUUUAAUUGCACAACGUGAAGCUGAAGCUAUACAAUCAUUAUCAGAAGGUGGUAUUGAGCAUGAAAAAUUAAAAAUUGGUAAUCCUGAAACCGUUAUCAUUAAAGCUGAAAUUGAAGCUGAAGUAAUGCGUAAUAAUAGCAAUGGUCAAAUAGAAGAAUGUUUAUUACAAUCACAAAGUCAAGCGGAAGCCAGUGAUAUUAAAGCAAAAUGUGACGAAGCCAUUGCUCUCAAGUUAGCUGAUGCUAAAGCAGAUGCUGUUAAAUUAAGUUCAGAGAGAGAUUCUAUGGCUGCUGAAAUUGAAUCAGAGUUAAAAGUCAAAGCUUUCAAACUUCAAAUUGAAUCUGCUGCUCAAGCUGCUGCACGCCGUGGUGAUCCAGAAGCUAAACGUUUAACCAUUGAAGGUGAUAAAAAAAUAGCUACUUUAACCUCGGACAAUGAUGUCAAAGUAAAAGUAAUGCGUGCUGAAGGAAACGCUGAAGCAAUACGAUUACAAGCACAAGCUCAAUCUGAAGUAGUUCUUAUUCAAAGUAAAGCACAAGCGGAAAAUAUCCGACUUCAAGCUGAUAAUGAAGCAAAAGCAGCGAUUGCUAAAGCAAAGCAUCAAGCUGAAGCUACCCGACAACAAUUAAUUAAUCAAGCCAAUAAGGCUAAAGCCAAUGGCAACGAAGAUGAAAGUAUCAAAUUAAGAGCAUCAAGUGAAGCACAAGCUGCUAGAAUAAUCGCUAAAGGUGAAGUGGAGGCUUGUAAAAUUCGUGGUGAAGCCGUAGUCAAAGCAUCAGAAGCAAUCAAUAAAGGGAAAUUAGAAGAAAGUAGUAUUCUCCAUGAGGGAAGUGUUGAAUAUCAUAAGAUUAAAUCAGAAGCUGAAGCCCAUGCCUUACUUGAUAAUGAUCUAGACAACAGAGCGGAAGAAGUUGCUGAUCAAGGUGAAAAGGAAAUUAAACGUUUACAACAACAAGAAGAUACACAUGCUGAUAUCUUACAGUAUCGUGCCCAAGCUGAAAUGAUUAUUGCUAAUGCUGAAAAAGAUUUAGCAUGUGAAAAGAUAUUAUUGGAAGCUGAAAUUCAAGCGUCACGUAUCGAGGCAGAAGGUAAAAGUUCAAUUAUAACUGCUAAAAUGGACAGAGAGAUUGAUAAUGCAAUCGUACGUGGUGAUCAUAAAGCUGCUAUGGAAAGUAAAAUGAAAGGUGAAAUUGAUUCAAGUCAAGUGAAGACUAAUGCUAACAUUGCAGCAAUACGUAAAAAAGCAGAAAUGGAAUCGAAAGCAGCGGCUACAAUGGCUGAAGCUGAAGCAGAAGCAAGCCAGUUAAGAGCAGCUGAAGAAGCAAGGAUUGCAUUAUCAAAAGAUGACGAAGGCCAAGCAGCUCAAGCAAUGGCCGAAGGAGAAGCUGUUGCUAUUCUUAUUCGAGGUGAAGGCCAAGCUAAAUCUAAAAUUAUUAAUUCUACUGCAGACGUUGAAGUAUUACAAGCUGAAGCAUCGAUGAAGGCCGAUGCUGUACAAUUAAAAGCUGAAGCAGCCGCUCAUAAUGCUGAAUUGAGUGGCAAUUCGUUAUUAGCCGCUGAAAUUAGAGCUAAAGGAGAUGCCGAUAAAGCCGCAUUAAAAUUACAAGCUGAUGCAGAAGCUGCAAAAGUCAAUUCUUAUGGUGAAGCAGAAGCUGUUUUAAUUCAAGCAAAAUCCAAAGAAGAAAGUAUUUUAUUAAGAGCAAAAGGAAAAUCAGAAGAAAUAAAAGCAUUCGAUGAAGAAGAAGCUAAUCGUAUAUUAGAUGAAGCUCAAAGAGACGCUGAAAAAGUGAUAGCGGAAGGUAAUGCAGAAGCUGAACGUUUGAAAAAAUUCGGUGAUACUGAAUAUACAAGGCUACAUGCUAUGGCUACAAUCGAAUCAGACCGGCAAAUUGGUCGUGGUCGAGCUCAAACAGUGAAAGAGAGCGGAAAAGAAAAAGAAGCUGCUGAAAUUGAAGGUCAAGUUGAAGCUAAAAAUGUAACAUCUAGAGCUGAAAUAGAAGCCAAUGCAGUUAAAAAACAAGCGGAAAUUGAAGCUGCUAAUAUUCGAUCACAGGCCGAGGCUCGUGCCAUAGCUGUAGAUAAAACUGGUAAUAGUAGUGAAGCCGAGAGAAUUCGUCGAGAUGGAGAAGUCGAUGCAACUAAAGCUCUCGCUAUUGGCAUGAUCGAAGCUGAUAGAAUUAUUGCAAUUGGUAAGCUUGAAACUGAGUUGGAAUUCGCAAUGGCUAAAGUUCAAGCAGCUAAGCUUAAAGGAGAUAAAAAUAGUGCCAUUCGACUUACAGCAGAAGCUGAAGCAAAAGUUUCUGAGCAAACUAAAAUUCUCGAUGCAGAAGCGUUAUAUCAACGUACGGAAGAAGAAGCAAAAGCAUUACAGCGUAAAGGACAAAACGAGAUUCAAGCGAUUAAAAAAGCAGCUAAACAAUAUGUCAAUAACGCUAAAUCAAGUGGUAGUACUAUGGCUGUAUCAAUUGUUACUGCUCAAGCUGAAGCAGAAAUUAAUCGAAUUGAAGCAGCUAGAAAAGCAGAAGCGGAAAGAUUAUUGACAAAGGCUAACGCUGAAAAAACACUUAUAAAUGCUGAAGGUAAAGUUGAAGCAAUCAAAAUGAUCGCCCGUGGUGAAGCAGAUAUAGCUGAAUUACUGGAUGAUAAUAAGAAAAUUAAACAAGUUUUAAAUACCGCAGAAAUGGAUUGUGCUAAAAUAUUAGCCCAAGCAACACAAGAAGCUUCACGAAUUGCUGCAGAGGGCGAAGCUAGUGCUACUCAAAUUCAUGCUCAAGGUUUUGCAACAUCGGAAAAUAUUAAAGCGACAACUAAUUCAACCGAAAUUGAAAAUCUUGGUAUGAAACAUAAGGCGCAAAGUAUAAAAGAAGUUAAAAAUGCAGAAACUAAAAGUACAGUUAAAUUAGGCAAAAUUGAAAGUAUAAAAACACAAGAAAUUGCAAAAGCUAACGCUGACAAGCAAGCUGUUGAGCGUGAAACAGAAGCUUUAAAAUCGAGCGGAAAUGAAGAGCAAGCUAUCCUUAAAAAAGCUCAAAGUGACGCAAAUUAUAUUAUUGCUGUUGCUGCAGCUGAAAGUAAAGCUCUUCAAGCCAAAAGUUUAACUCAAGUUGCUGUUGCAAAAGCGGAACUAGAAAGUAAAAUCAAGUUAAAGAAAGCGGAAAAAAAUGAAAAUGCUAUUACUGAAAUGACAGGUGAAUUAAAAGCAAUUGAAAUUUUAGCACAAGCUACCGCUGAAAUUGAUGGUACGUUACAAAAUAAAUUAGCAAAAAUUGAAGCCGAAAAAAUUAUUGCUGAAGGACAAGCUGCAGUAAUAAGAAUGAAAGGUAAUCCAGUGAAGGCAGCAGAGAUGACAGCACAGAUCCAAGCUAAAGCGAUUAAAGCAGCUGCUAAAGCUAAAGCGGACGCUCUCAAAAAUAAAGCACAAUAUGAAGCUAAAGCUGAAAAGAUAGUAGCUGAAAGUCGUACUAAUGUAGCGGAACGUUCAGGUGAUAAAACCAAAGCUGACCUGACCAAAACAGUUGGUGAUAUUAAAGCCGGACGAAUAAUAGCUCUUGCUGAAGCUCAAGCUUCCCAAAUUGUUGCAGAAGCGGAUGCUGAAUCAGAUAAGCUAGUUCAAUUAGGCAAGGCUGAAUCGCUUAAACAUAAAGGUGAUGGGGCUGAAGUGAAACAAUUACAUGCCAAAGCAGAAUCCACCUGUUUAAGAGUAAAAGCAAAGGCUUUAGCCGAUGCUAUUAAAAUUAAGAAUGAAGUUGAAGUGGAAUCUAAACGCCAAAUUGCAAUUGCUGAGUCGAAAGCUGUUCGAGCAAACUCAGAAAAGAAGGCAGCUAAUUUGGCCAAAUCGAACGAUAAGAUUAAUAGUAAAAAAGCAAAAAUUGAAGGAGAUAUUCAAGCAGCACGUAUAAUGGCAACUUGGGAAGCUGAAGCAAUUACAUUAAAAGCGUUUGCUGAAUCCGAUGCUUUACUAGCAACAUGUGAAUGUGAUGCAGCUACGAUUGAUAUCAUAUCUUCGAAUCAGGCUGAUCAAAUUAAUGAUGAUGGUAAUCCAUCGAAGGCAACUAUUUUAAAGAAAGAAGGUGAAGCAGAAUCGAAGGGAAAGCGUAUCGAAGGUAGAUUAGAAGCUGAUAAGAUUAAAAUACAAGGAGAUUGCGAAGUGAUCCGAUUAAAAGCUGCAAAACAAGCUGAUAAUAUAAGAUUAACAGCAGAGAUGCAUGCACAUUCAGCUGAAGCUGCUAAUAAUCACUCUGAUGCAAUCCGCAUUAAAGGUGAUGCACAAUAUGAUGCCGCAAAAUUUCAGUGCAAUGAAGAGAUUAAGGCAGCAAAGAUGAAAUGUCAAGCAAGUGUUGAAUCAAUACGUAAAAAUACUGCCAAAAAGAUUGAAGCAGUUAAAGUUAGUAGUGAAAGAAUUAUGGAAGUGCAUUCUGUAUCAGGUGAUGCAGAUGAAGCUACUAAACAGCGAAAGUAUUAUUUAGGUAAAAUAUCUGUUAUUGAGGCGGAGCAAGCAGCAAAUGUAGCUAUUGAAAAAGCUGAAGAAGAAGCUGCAAUAAUAAAAGCUGAAGCGAAGAUAAAAGCAGCACAUGUCAUUCAAAAUGCAGCAAAUCAAGCAGCGGAACUAUUAAAGCAAGGUAAAAAAUUGCAAGCCCAAAAUAUCACUAAACUUGCUGAAGAGGAAGCUGCUAAAAUAUCGCGUUUGGCUGAAAUUGAAGCUAUCAAUGUUAGAGCUAUCGCAGAAGCAGAAGCUUUAAGAUUAGUAGGCAAGGGAAAAAGUGAGGCGGCACAAAUUGAAGGAGAUAAAACUAAAGCUCAAAAUGAAUUAUCUGACGCUAGAGCUAGAGCAUAUCUUAUUGAAGCAAACAGUAAAGCAACAGUAGUGAAAAAUACUGCCGAAACUGAAGCCAAUUAUAUAUCAAGAUUAGCUGAACUUGAAGCUCAAGAUGAUAUCGAGCGUGGUAACGAAGAAGCUGCUUCCAUUAAAAUUUCUGAAGCGGAAGUAGAAAGUAAUAGAAUAAAAGGUGUAGCAGCAGUUGUGGCUGAUAAUAUUAUAGCCAUUGGUGAAAUUGAUUCAGCAUCACAAAAAGAACUUGUAAAAGCCGAAUUCUUACAAGCUAAUGGCCAAGAAGCUAAAGCUAUCUCGGCGAAGGCUGAAGCUUUAUCUGAUGCAAUUACCAAGAAAGGUGAAGUUAACGUUACUAAAGAACAAGAACUAUUACAAGUUGAAGUGGCGGCUGCCGUACAGAAAGCAGUUGCCAAUAUUGAAAUAGCCAAGAGUAAAAAUGAUCAAAUUGAAGCUGAUAGAAUGCUAAAACUUGCAAAAUUAGAGGAAGAGAAACUUAGAAAAAUCUCGAAGAUUAAUAGCGAUAAAGUUAAGAAAAUAUCUGUUACUGAUGCCAACCUCUGUAAAGCCACUGCUGAAGCAAAUAUUGCUAAAGUUAAAGGUGAUGCUAACAAAUAUAGUCAGUUGAUGAAAGAUGCAAUUACUACAGCGGCAAAGAAGAAAGCUUCAAUCGAAGAGCACGCUCUUAAAGCUUUUUUAGAAGUUAAUGUUGCUGAUGUACAACAAGUAGCUAAAAGUAAUGCUAUUGCUGCAAAUCAAAAACAUGACAAAGUAGAAGCUGAUAAAAUUAAAGCUGUGAGUAAGGCCAAAAUUGAAAAAUUGCAAGCUAGUACUUCUGCUGAAAUUGCUAAAUUUCAAGGGAUUGCUGCAUUGGAAAUCAAAGUUAGUAAAACCCUUGCAGAAGCUGGUGUUCACGAAAUUAAAGGCAACAAGACUCGAGCUAUUAUUACAAGGUCUGAAGCAGAAGCAGAAAAAAUAAGACUUACAGCUGAUGCAGAAGGAAAACUUGUCGAGAGAUUAGCUGAAAUUGACGCUGAAGCUAUAAGAAUUUGUACAAAAGAAGACGGUAAAGCAGCAAGAUUACAUUAUACACAACUUGCGAAAAAAGAGCAAGCCGCGGGAAAUCUCUUAGAAGCUGAAAAAUUAAAAGCUGAAGGUGAAGCACAAGCAUACAUAUAUAAUCACCAAGCUGAAAUUGAAGCAAGCAAAGCUAUAGCUAAGGGAGAAGCUGAUGGCCUAAUAGUAAAGGCAACCGGAAAUGCGGAAGCUACACAAAAAAUAUUUGAUGGCCAAGCGGAAGUCGCUUCGAUCGAAGGGAAUACACUAAAAUCAAAUACAUUAAUUAAUAACGGCAACGAGGCUUCAAUCUUGAUCUUGGCGGAAGCUAGUGCCAAAAGAGAGAGAAUAUUGGCUAAAAAUGAAGCGGUGUCAAUACGAACGACUGCUGCUGCAGCGGCGGAAGGGAAUAAAUUACGAGUUAACGCUGAAGCUGACAAUGCCAGAGUUUUGGGUGAUAAUGUUAAAGCAGCGCAAUUAGAUGGCAAUUGCGUAGCUGAAUAUUGGCAAACAGUACGCCUUGGUGAGAUCGAAUCCGAAAAGAGGCUUGCGCUUCUUGACGCUGAGGUAGAAAUGAUACAUUCUAAACGUAAGAGUGACUUAUCAAAAGCUCUUGGCGAUGAAGUUGGUGCUAAAGUCAUCAUUGAAACUGGUAAAGUUCAAUAUGAACGUGCGAAAGCAGAAAUUGAAGCAAAGUAUGCUAAUUUAAUUGCAGAAGUCCAGGUUGAUGCGACUCUUCAGAAAGCACAGUCCGAUGCAAAAGCAGCAGAUAAACAUGGAAAAGCAGAAGCUGCCGAUGAAUUCCGACAAGCGGGUAAAAAUUCAGCUUUUAGCCUCAGAAGAAAUAGUGUAAAGCUGCAGCAUAAACGUCAAGGUGAUGCUCAAGGUAGUAAAUCUAAAGCGGAAGCGCUACGUAAGGCUGAAGAAAUUUUAUCUAAAAGUAAAAAGUUGGCUGAUGGUAGUAGACAAAGCAAUAAUUAUAGCAGUGCAGUAAAAAUUUCAGCAGAUGGCCGCGCUAAAGCAAUUGAUGUUGUCACUACAGGUGAAGCUCGAGCAAUUUUAGCAUAUGCUAAUGCAGAAGUAAAAAUCGCAAAAGAUAAAGGUGACGAUAAAACAGUUAUACAAGCUAGAGUAUUAGGUGACCAAGAAGCUGCUAAGUUGCAGGCCUUAGGUGAAGCGGAAGCACGACGUUUGAAUCUGGUGGGUAAAGCUUCAGCAUUAAGAUUAGAUUCACAAAAUCAAGCCAAUAUAUUAGAUAAAAAGACACUUUCCGAAAUUGAAGCAGCACGUGAAGUUGGUAAUAAAGUUGGAGCAAUUAAUGUACAAGCUGAUGGUCAUAUACGUAAAGAGCAAUUACUUGUAGAAGCAACUGCAGAAGCUAUCAAAAUUGAAGCGUUAGCAGAAGCUGAAUUUUAUAGAAUCAAAACCUUAGGAGCAAUUUCAGCCGCUCAAACUGCAAAUGACACAUUAGAAGUCUAUAAAUUGGAAACAUCAUCUAAAAUCGAAAUUGAAAAAUUGAAAACAAUGGGUGAAAUUGAAGCCAAUCGUGUCAUUGCUAUUGGUGAAGUUAAUAAUCAAAAUAUAAGAGAUGAAGCUGAAAUCAACAAGGCUGAAUUAGCUGGUGAUACUGAUCGAGCUGAUAGAUUAAAAGCAGAACAUGAAGUAAAAGAUAUCCAAUGGAGAGCCAAAGCAGAAGCAGAAUCAGUUAAAGCUAAAGCUGAGCUUAAUGCAAAACUAACUAUCUUAAAUGCUGAAAAAGAAGCUGAGAUUAAACGUCGAGAAGGCGAUGAGAAAAAUGCACAGCAGAUAUUAGCUGAAGCUAAAGCAACAGCAAAAUGUAUACGUGCAGAUGGCGAUACAGAAGCGACUAGAAUUUUAGCUCUUGCUAAUGUUGAUUGUGAAAAUGUGAAAGCAUUGGCUGAACUAAAAUCAUCGCAAAAAGUUCUUGAAAAUCAAAUUAAUAAUGCUGAGGCUACAGAUCAGAAGAAAAAUGUAAUUCGAUUGAAAGCAUCACAAGAAAUUAAUGAUGUUUUACAAAAAGCAACAGCAGAUGCGAAACGAAUAUUUGGUAUUGCCGCUGCUGAAGCUAAUGGAGUUAAAGCCGCGUUAGAUAAUAAAAGUAAAUCUGUGGAUGAUAAGAUGGAACAAGCGAAACUGCAAAAAUCAUCGAAAUUGGAAUCGGAAAAGAUAAAAUUUAUUGGAAAUGCUAAUUCGACUAAAGCUAAUAUUCUUGGUGAAAUUGAAGCCGAAAGGAUCAAAGCUUACAGUGAAGCAGAAAUUGCACGCGUAGAUGACAAUGAAGAAAUUGCAAUCCGUUUAGAGACGGCUGCUGAUGUCAAGGCAGUCAGGCUUGAAGCAGAAGCUAAAAUCAAGAAUGUUAAGGCAGUUGCCUUACAAGAAGCUCAAUUUGCAGCAUUAAAAAUGGAAGCUAAUGCAGAACAUGCACUCGCAAAAAAUGAUGAAAUUGAAGUAAAUAACCUUAAAUACCAAGGUCAAUUGGAAGCGCAAUUAAUUAUUAAUGUAAGUGAUAUCGACUCAGCCUUACUAACUAGGUUAGCCGAAAUAGAAGCUAAUAAAGUUAGUUUGUUAGAAAAAUCAAGAAUAUCUAAAUUGGAUAAUGAUAGUAUUGAAGUAGAGAAAGAAAUAACUGCAGUUGAAAUCAAUGCCAUCGAACGAAAAGCUAUCGUUAAAGCUGAUGCGAUGAAAGCGAAAGCUAAAUUAAAAGCUGAAGCCGCAAAUGAGAUUGCCCACAGUAAUGCUCAAGCAGCACUAAAAAAAGGAGAUAAAAUUUUAGCUGAAAGAUUCAUUUUGGAAGGUGAAGCGGAAUCCAAAAAUAUUAUUGCUAGGAGUGAAGUAGAAGCAGAAGAAAUUCUCGCUUUAGCAGUUGCGGAAACGCAAGAGCUAAAGGCAAAUUUAAGCGUGAUUAUUGCUGAAGUAGAGGAUAAAGGAGACCAUGAAGCUAUCCAAUUGGAAAAUGAAGUUAACAUUCUUCGAGCGAAAACUAGUGCAGAGGUAAACUACAUACUAAAAAGUAAAGAGCUAGACGCACAAGUCUUUGAAGCAAAAGAAAAAUUUAAAGCUGAAGAAUUAGAGAAAAAGGGCAAUGCCAUUGAAGCUACAAAAAUAAGAGCUUACGCCGCCGCUGAAACAAAUAAAAUUCGUGCCCUAGCUGAUGUUGAAGCUAAGCAGUUACAAACAGAAUGUGAAAUUGAUGUAUUAAAAACUCAGGCAAUUACUAGAGUUGCCAAAGCAAGACAGUCAGGAGAUGCAGCUAAGGCAAUCAAUAUUGAGACAGAGAUGAAUGUAGAUACAGUCUUAUUAGAGACUGCAACAGAAAUAGAAAGUAUUAGGGCAGCUGCUAGAGCAAACGCUAAUUUGAUUAUUGAAAAAGCUAGAGCGGAUGUAAAUGCACUACAGUCUCAGUAUAAUCUAAAAAUAGCUCAGGCUAAAGCUAAUAAUAAUAUCGAAGAAGCAGAUUCAUUGCAAAAGCAGUGUUCUACGGAAGUCUUGGAAAUUAUUUCAAAAGCUGAAGCUGAUGCCUGUAUGAUUGAAGAAGAUGCUAAGGCUGAUUGUGAACGUUUAGAAAUGGCAUGCAAAGCAAAUAUUGUUAGACUUAAGGCCGCAAGUUCUGCAGAGAAAGCACGAAAUGAGGGUAAAUUUGCAGAAGCUGCUCAAUUUGAAAUUGAUGGUGAGAAACAAGCAUUAGAAAUAGAGAUCGAAGGUGAAAUUAUUGCUGCAAGAAUUCGAUCAGAGGCCAAGGCUCAAGCCAUCCUAAUUAAAUCGAAGGCAGAAGCAGCUGCAGCUAGAUUAUCAGGAAAUGAUAUGAAAGCGUCAAGAAUACUUGCUGAAGGCGAAGCUUUAGCUAAUAGCACUAUUACGGAAGGAGAAGCAACAGCUGAUAAAUUAAAGCUGGAAUUAGCAAUCAAGCAAUCACAACUUAAGAACGGCUACAGAGAACUGGGUGCCAUUGAAGCUGAAUAUAAAUCAAAUACCGAACAAAUAAGAGCCGAUGGUAGAAUAAAUGAAAUUAGAAUGCGCGCUACAGUAGAUGCAGAAGCUGCAGUUUUAAAUGCUGAACGAAAAGCUGAGGCUGCUAAAGCUUCUGGAAACCAUCACGAAGCUGAGCAUUUAAUCGCUGAGGGUAAAAUAAAUGCGAAGAAAAUUGUAACUUUAGCUGACGCCGAAGCUGAACUGUUGAAAGCAUUAGAUGAAGCUACUACAAAUUUAACCCAAGUUAAAGCUCAAGUUGCAGCUCUUAAAGCUUCUGGCGAUGAAGAGAAAGCAAUCAGGAUGGAACUCCAAGCUGAAAUACGUGCGGCAGAACUCAGAGAUGCUGCUAGGAUAGCUUAUACCAGAAAAAAGGCAAAAGCCGAUUCAGAUGCUAUUCGUGCUCUUGCUAACAGUAGUGCAGAAUUAGCCCGUAAGCAAGGAAAUGCAGAAAAAGCAGAAAUGAUAUUAAAGGAAGCAAAUAUUAAACUGAAAGAAGUUGAAUUAAUCGCUGAAGCAGAAAUUGAAUCAAUUCUGACUGAUGGAUCGAUUCAAAAUGAGCUAAAGAAAUCAUUGGCAGAAGCGGCGAUUGCUAAACUUAAAGGUCAUAAGCAAGAUGCUGUCAAGCUACAAUAUGCAGGUGAAGCAAGGGCAGCUAUUCGGUCUUCAGAAAUUAAAAGUAAUCUAGAAAAGACAAAGGCCGGCAUUUUUGCUGAUACAAUUUUGCAGCUUGCUGAACUGAAAGCCGAAGAAGCAAAAGCUAAGGGAGAUAAUGUAGAAGCUGAUAAAAUACUAGCUGAAGCAAUGGCCAAAGCAGAAUUAAAAAGAGCUUUAGCAGAAGCUGACGCUUUCGAAUUAACGUCUGCUGGUAAGAUAAAUGCAAAUAGAGCAGAAACAAGUACCGCAUCGGAAAUCGCAAAAUUACGCGGCGAUCUGAAAGAAUCUAACAAAUUACAAACAUCGAAGGAGAUUAAAACUGCAAAACAAACUGCUACAAUGCAAGAAACAGUCGCUCAAAUGCGCGCUGAUGCUAGGGCUAAAUAUAAUGAAGCUUCAGCUGCAACUGCAACCGCAGCAUUUAAGUCAAAAAGUGAUGAAAUUAACGCUGAAGUUGCUUUAGCUAUUAACAAAGCAGAUAAUGCGAAAAUAGCAACCCUAACGAAAAUUAAGGGUGACUUACAAAAGAAAUUAGCGGACAUUGAAACUCAAAGGCUAUCAAAGUUAGGAGAAGCUGAAGCACUUCGAUUAAAAGGAGAGACUGAAAAAGCUGAUCAGAUAGUUAUGGAAGCGAACACCAAAGCUGCUGUUGAGAAAGCUGAGGCGCAGUCUGCGUCCGUAAGGGCCUCUGCUGAAGCUGAAAUUUUAUAUAACAAGCAAUUAGCUGAAGCUAGAGCUACUGCCGCUAACAAAUUAGGAGACCGACAGAAAGCAAAUAUGAUCUUAGCUGAAGACGGUAUAGAAGCUACAUGUGUCAAUGAUACUGCUGAAGCUGAAAGUACGUUAAUUGAGAAAUUAGCAGACAUCGAAUCAGAAAAGAUAUUAAAACUAGGUGAAGCAGCAGCUGCUGCAGCUAUUGGCGAAGAUGAGAAAGCAAUUAGGCUAAUUGCCAUAUCUAAAGCUAAUGCAGCUAAAAAAGCCGCAGAAGCUAGAGCAGCUUUUACACUGAUGCAGGCAGAAGCUGAAGUCAAAAAAGCGAACGGUUUAGCGAGAGCGGCUACCAAAAAUGCGGCAACAGAAAUUGAGACUAUUGAGGCGAAAAUGUUAAAGAAUACCGCAGAAGCUCAUUCAAAUUGUAUCCAAGAUGUAGCAGAAGCUAAGGCAUCCCGUGCGAUCUUACAGGGUAAUGUCGAAGGUCAAGAAUUUCAUGCUAUAGCUGAUGCGGAAAUAGUUCUACUGAAACUUAAAGCGGGUGAUAUAGCUGAAGAUGAGUGUAGAGAAUACAAAACAGAAGCAGAAAAGAUCAAAGUUAGCAAUAAAGUUAAUAAAUUAUCUACAAUUACAAAUGAAGAUAUCCGCGUAUCCGACACUAUUGCAAAGUCAAAGGCCGAAGAAAUUACGAAGACUGCUGUAGAAAAGGCUCUAGCAGCUAGAUCUAAAGCACAAUGGAUGGCGGCUGAAGCAAGACGUAAAGGAGAACAAGAGCAAGCCGAAGAAAAAUCAAAAGACGGUGAAUUGGAAGCAAUUAAGUUAAAUGCUGAAGGCGAGGCAGAAGCUGUAAUUCUACUAGCUGAAGGUGAAGCGGAGGCUGCUGAAUACAGUUCAGAAUGCGAUGCAGCGACUGCUCUAGCAAAAGCUAACUUUAGAGCUGAAGAAGCCAAACUAUAUGGUGAUGUGGAGAGAGCGAUAGAGAUUAAUAAAGAAGCUGCUGAUGAUGCUCUUAAAUUUAGAGCUGCAGGUAAAGCCAAAGCAAUACGUAUCAGGAUCGAAAGUAAAGCACUAGCUGCCAUGAUAAAAUCUGAGGCAGAAGCUGAAAUUGCUAGAAUGGUAAAUGAUGAAGAGAAAGCCGAGGAAUUGAUUGCUGAUGGAUUAGUUGAAGUAGAGUUAAUAAAAUGUGAAGGUGAAGUUGCUGCUGAAAGGCUUCUUGCUGAUGCUGAUGUUGCCAUAUUGCGGAAGAAAGGCCUAGAAGCAGAAGCGGUCACCUUAAUAGCUGAGAAGGAAGCACUUAUUGCUCGAAUAAUUGCUGAAACUGAAUCUAGAAUUGCAGCUAUUCGAGGUAAUAAAGAACGCGCUAAGAAGAUCAUUGCUAAGAAUGAACAGUCAUCUAAAAUGGUUUUCACUAUUGGUGAUAUCGCUGCUAAAAAUUAUCGAAUGCGACAAGGCGUAUUUAGGCCUAAGCCAGGUCCAAAAGGUGGUCGAUUAAAUGAUAUCGGUAACAAAGAUUACUUUUCUCGUGAUGGUCAACGUAAACUCGGUCCACCGUUUAAUGAUAGAGGAAUUGGCGAUAUAGGCACUAAGGCUUAUCGAUUAAGGGAUGGAGAUAAGCAAGACAAUCUUUAUAAACAUAGAGAUCAUGAUCUACUUGACAUUGGAACAAAAUUAUAUCGAUUCCGUGAAGCUAUCGCAGUGAAAAAAGCUGCUCCGCGGAUCUCAGUUGAUGACCGAAUUAAAUUAGCUCAACAAAGAUUAAUAGAGUUAGAAAUGAAGCGACAAGAACACGCUGAACGAAAGCGUGUCCAGAGAGAAGAGCGAAUUAAAAAUCUAGAUGCUCAUAAGCGAGCGAUGCGCUUAAAGUAUAAGAAGAGAAUAGUUAAGAAACCCCCGGAAAAGUUACAGCCUACCCUACCACCGACAGCGAAUGAUAUGGAGAAAUUGAUGAAGCAACGAAGACUAUCUAGGAGAUUAUCCAAACCUAAGUUGAUUAAGGAAAAGACGGAAGUAAUUGUUCCCGAAGAGCCACCUAAAGAGCCUGAAGUUGUUGAGGAAGAAGUCAAGGUUGAAGAAAAAGAUGAGAAGGCAGAGGAAGCAAAGAGAAUGGCUGAGGAGGCCGAAGCCGCUCGCAAACUAGCAGAAAAAGCAGCUAUUGAAGCAGCUAGUGAAAAAGAGAAAGAAGAAGCAGAGGAAGUUCUUAAAGUGGCUGACUCUCAAGCUCGAGCGCAGAAAAAUAAAGCCCUUCGAGCUAAUCUCGCAUCUGCCGUCUCUGCUCGCGAUAGAGUAAAGAUUGAAAUCGCCAUUGAAGAAGUCACACCACUUGUUGAAGAAAUCCCAGAAGUAAAGGAAGAGAUAGAUGACGCUACGAAGCUUUACAAACGUUUGACUGGGCAACAUUUGGUCGAUGUUGCUAUUGAAACCCGGAAAAUGCCCGAUGUAGAAAAAGCUGUCAUUUACGUUAAAAAGGAAGGCUUAGAGGAAUUUAUUGGUGAAAAAUUCGAUUAUGUUUCCAACGUUUAUGGUCGAUUGAAACGGUUGGAAAAGAUGCGACAAGAAGUUGUCAACUUAAAGCAGACGAACGUUGCUGAAAUUCGUAGUUAUCAGAAUCCUCAUCCUUCAGUCCGCAAUAUUAUGAUUGCAACUCACAUAUUAUUGGGACACACUGAAAAAGAGGUUCGUAAUUGGAAAGUUAUGCAGGCUUUGAUUGGUAAAACUGGCAAGCAAGGAUUAAAAAGACGUGUCGAUGAUUGCGAUACCGAUAAUAUUCCUCUUCAAGCAGCAAAGAAAGCGCAAUCUCUCAUUAAAGGAUUAGAUGUUGAUUCUGUUCGUGAUAUUAGCGGUGGAGCUGGUGUUUUCUUUGGUUGGGUCCAAGGUACUGCCGAAGUGGUAUUUACAAGGGAAGAGAAAAUUGGUUAA